CCCGCAGGAGGCUUCGAUGGUUUCCAGGCCUGCUGUCCCGACCUGUGCUCUGAAGCCGCCGCCCCGGCCCCGCAGCCUGCCGGGGCGGAGGACAGCCGCUCCGACCCCAGGGCUCCCGCCUACGACCAGGGUGGCCCUGUGGAGAUCCUGCCCUACCUCUUCCUGGGCAGCUGCAGCCACUCCUCGGACCUGCAGGGGCUGCAGGCCUGUGGCAUCACAGCUGUCCUCAACGUCUCUGCCAGCUGCCCCAACCACUUUGAGGGCCUCUUCCGCUACAAGAGUAUCCCUGUGGAGGACAACCAGAUGGUGGAGAUCAGUGCCUGGUUCCAAGAGGCCAUAGGCUUCAUUGACUCAGUGAAGAACAGCGGCGGCCGGGUGCUGGUGCACUGCCAGGCGGGCAUCUCGCGCUCCGCCACCAUCUGCCUGGCAUACCUGAUGCAGAGUCGCCGUGUGCGGCUGGACGAGGCCUUUGACUUUGUUAAGCAACGCCGGGGAGUCAUCUCCCCCAACUUCAGUUUCAUGGGGCAGCUGCUGCAGUUUGAGACACAGGUGCUGUGUCACUGAGGGAGGGCCCCCUCUGCCUGCUCUGCCCAUGGCGCUGGCCCUCCCCGAUUCCUGGGGAGCUGGCUGUGGACAGGUGGGCUCUCUUCUGGCCCAGCACAUUGCCCUUACCUCCGCCUAGCUGCCUCCACAGAGUUUGGAGAACCCCAGAGUGGGGGAGCUCGGAGUGCCAGAGUGCUGGCCUUUCUGACCUGGUGCUCUUCUGCUAGGGGUGUGAGGGCUGGCCCUCACUCAGGGGACGGAAUGGAGGAUGUGUCUGCCCCCUCCUCCCCCAUCCUCUGGCAGAAAUUGAACUCUACACCAUGGACUCUCUGGUCCACCGCCAUGUUGAAGCCCUUGGCAGCCCGAGAGCUACAAGGAACAAGCUGUGACAGCCAGGGUUCGUGGUAUGCCUGGAUGUCUGUGAACCUGUCAUGCCUGUGCUGGUGCUGGAAAGUUGUUUGUGCUCAUCUGACAUUUACCACUUCCUCCCAGCCCUGUGGGCGAGGGUUGGAAACUUAGCACUUUAUAUUUAUACAGAACGUUGAGGCUGUGUCAAUAAAUAUUGUUUUGUUUAAAAAACAGCAA